CUGGGUGAGACAGCGCUCCUUGCUGCCCAGUCACCAUCCAGGAAGAUGAGCGCCUGUGGGAGGAAGGCCCUGACCCUGCUGAGCAGUGUCUUCGCCGUCUGCGGCCUGGGCCUGCUGGGCAUCGCGGUCAGCACGGACUACUGGCUAUACCUAGAAGAAGGCAUAAUCCUUCCCCAGAACCAGAGCACGGAGGUCAAGAUGUCCCUGCACUCGGGCCUCUGGCGGGUCUGCUUCCUCGCUGGUGAGGAGCGAGGACGCUGUUUCACCAUAGAGUAUGUGAUGCCCAUGAACUCCCAGAUGACGUCAGAGUCCACAGUCAAUGUUCUAAAAAUGAUUCGCUCGGCCACACCAUUCCCACUGGUGAGCCUCUUCUUCAUGUUCAUUGGGUUCAUCCUGAGCAACAUCGGACACAUCCGCCCCCACCGGACCAUACUGGCCUUUGUCUCUGGCAUCUUCUUUAUCCUCUCUGGCCUCUCUCUUGUGGUGGGCCUGGUACUGUACAUUUCCAGUAUCAAUGACGAGAUGCUCAACAGAACCAAGGAUGCAGAGACCUAUUUCAGCUACAAAUAUGGCUGGUCAUUUGCCUUUGCUGCCAUCUCCUUCCUUUUAACAGAGAGUGCUGGGGUGAUGUCUGUGUACCUGUUCAUGAAGAGGUAUACGGCUGAGGACAUGUACAGACCUCACCCAGGCUUCUACCGUCCACGCCUGAGCAACUGCUCUGACUACUCCGGUCAGUUUCUACAUCCAGAUGCCUGGAUCCGGGGCCGCAGCCCCUCGGACAUCUCCAGCGAUGCCUCCCUACAGAUGAACAGCAACUACCCAGCUUUGCUCAAGUGUCCAGACUAUGACCAGAUGUCAUCAUCUCCCUGCUGAGCCAGCCCUAGCCUCCUCCCCCACCCGAACUUCGGAGGGCUGGACAGCAUCUCCCUCUCCCCCUGAGCCGAGGCCCAGGCUGUUCCCUGCUUAGCCGUUGUUACUUGACCACAUCUUCUCCCUGCACCCAGAGUAGCUAGCAUCCCUCGGUGGGCAUCAGAGCCUGGAGUCAGAGGCAUGCUGAUUGGCUGAGAGCAUGGGUGAAGCCCCGCCUCUAGAGUGCCAAUCAUAGCCAUGGGCUCCUGGAAGCCAGCAGCACCCCCAUGCUGUGCUAUGCUGGAAAGAUGCCUUUGUUCUAGUUGAGUUUUGUUCCUGCACUUCCGGGUUAGCCAAGGCCAGGCUGGAGGUGCCGAGUUUCUGAUACAGACAAAGCCAGACUUGAAUGCUUGUCUACCAGCCUGGCUCUCCAUCCAUGAGCUGGACUGUGAGACCAUCUGCUCCAGUGGUCUGGCUGGUUUAGAAAUCUCAAGCAGACUGUUCCUUUUAUGUCAUCAGCCUCUCGCCACAAAAACACCUCUCUCUGUGUAGCACUGCCCCUCCCCCGCCCCUAGGCUCUGGACCAUUUCCGACUGACUUUCAUCCUUCCAGAACACAGCUGGCCUGGUCAGGGACUAAGGUAAGUAAGUAUUCAGCAGUGCCAAUGACGUCACAAAGGUGUUAAUGGCGGAAGAUGUCUUAAUACACAUGACCCCUUGAUAAGCUAUUUCAUGGGGUCUUUUGAUGCCUUAACCCAAAGAAGUGACUGAUAAUGGGAACUCAAGAAUUUUACAGUUUGGCGUUCAGAGUGCCAAGCACUGUGUCCAACCUCUAUUUCCAUCCAAGUCUCUAAGAUCUAAUCGUGUAGACAGGUUCCCGUACCAGCAAAGAACGCCAUAGCUGUGAGCUAGACUUCAUGACACAGUGUGCAUUUUGAACCCAAACAAGACAGAUUCCAGAUGAUCCAGCUGCCCUGCCAAUGACACCUGUGAACAUUUGGGGGUUGCCAACUUAAUCCUAAUAUGGGGAAGCAUCUGCGUCCCAGUUUCAUGGCAUAUGUGGGCAAAUCGCAUGCCUCUAGAGUG